GUGACAUCAGCCAAAGAUCUGGCUGCACAUCUCCAGGACAGUGACUGUCACAUGAGUUCUUCAAGGAUAAUGGACCCUAAGAUGCGAGAGACUGAAGGAGAUGGAGAGGACAGUUCAGGAAAGAAAAAAUCAAAGUUCAAAUCUUUCAAAAAGUUUUUUGGUAAAAAGAAAAGGAAAGAGACGUUGUCUGCUGGGAGCAGCAGUCUGAAGUUAUUCCAGUCAACAAGUGAUGUCGCGGCCUCUCAUGACAUGCACGUUAAUUAUGAUUCUGAAGAUGAACUUGAGACACAUAAAGGCAUUAUGGGAAGCAGAGCUUUGUCACAUGAUAGCAUUUUCAUCCCUGAGACUGGGCAAGAGCCUGCAAAGCCAGUAAGAGUGCUUUCUCAAGAAAACGUUUCUGAUCGGAUUAGAGCUUUACAGCUGAAACUCCAGCCUACCAUGAAAUUGGGACCUCCGCCUCCAUUUGGACUUCAUGCAAAGCGAACAGAGGAUGCUGGGACCAGUUCUGAAGAUGAUGGAUUACCCAGGAGCCCUCCAGAAAUGUCUUUGCUCCAUGAAAACCUAAAUUCAGCCACAAGAUUCUCUGACUCUCACAAGCACCUUAGCUCUUUGAGUUUAACUGGAACAGGCAGUGAAGAAGAAGAACAGGUUACAUUGGGUCCUUCUUCUAGAUCUUGCUCUACAGACGGUCAGCUGUUCUCUAGGCAUGGAAGUGCUAAAACUGGAGCUCCCCAGAUAUCUGACAGUACCAUCUCGCCUGCAGCCAAUUUUGACGCUCCACCUGAGCUUUCCUCUUGCUUGGAUAAUUCUGCUGCUAAACACAAGCUUCUCAUAAAACCCCGGAACCAGAGAUCCAGUAAAAUGAGAAGAUUUUCUCAGAGGACCCAGUCUGAAUCUCUGACUGAUUUGAGCUGUACCCCAGAAGAAGAAGAGCACGAUGAAAAGGAGAUGCAGGCAGACUUGCCAGAUGCUGUAUUCAAACCCAGCAAUCAAGAACUGCCAUGCAGCACAGCUGCAGCACAGGAUGUAGCUUCCUGGCCAAAGCCCAGAAUGCCUGAGGACCUUCCCCCUGCUUUGAGAGGAGCGAUGACUCAGCCUACUUCUGAGUCUGCUGUUGAACAGGAAGCCCUGCUACCAGAGAAUAAACCAGAGGGCUGCCAACCAACACUGGAAACAACGUGUGUGAAGUCUGAGUCCUCAUUGCUGUUAGAAGGCAAAGACUCCGCAACUUCUUCCUACUCCAGUCCAGACAGAGAAGUACAAAAGCAAGAAGAUUCCUCAGAAACACUGGUUCUGUUGUCUGGGGAUGUGAGAGAUGUGUCAAUCAAUAUUUUAAAUCAAGACAAUAAGGAGCUUCCUACUGUGUUUUCAGUAAAUAAAAUACCAUCUGAAGAAGAUAUUUCAAUUAGUAAGAAUAGUACUGUUUGCUUGGAAGGGUCAAAAGAAAAUAUACAGCAGGAUGAUCAGAUACCUGUGGAAAUGCCCUGUAAUAAAGAGGCAAAGAAAGAGGUUGCUGUAUUGUCAGAGUCCAGCAAGCAAUUUUCCAUAGGUUCUUUCCAGCCCACAGACUUGUUCCAUGUUUCACAUCCUGCUUCCUCAGCGCAGAUGGGAUCAUCUGCUUCCUGCUCUCUAGAGAAAACAAAGACUGCACAAGAGACAGCUGCUUCUGGUAAGGAGAACAGUCAGUCACUGGUCCACAAGGAGGAACUUUUGGGGAAGAAAGCUGAAAAACCAGCCAAUGAACUCAAUGUCUUGAGAAAGUUUUCUGUCUCCUCUGCACGGGAGAGACCAAGGACCAGAAGCCUACACUUCCCAGAAAGAUCAGAGUUGGAAAGCCCAUUAAGUACCGGAUUCUUCCUGUCCAAAGCAAAGGUCUGCUCAAGAAAUGAGAAGUGGAAAGAAGACUUGCAGAAGGCAUCAGAUCUGGAAGAGGAAAAAAGUAGCAACAAAAAGCAGGCUUUGCUGCCAGAGUCCGACUCUGAGAACACAGGCCAACCUACAGAUAUUUUGGCUGGCUGCAUUUCUCCGGCUGUCGAUGCGGUGCCGGUGCCAAGAGAUUCUUUGGUGGUAUCUCAGAAUCAGCCAAGCUGUGAAGAUAAAAGUCCUUUUCAAGUGAAACUUAGGUACACCUCACUGUCCUUGAAAUAUAGAGACAACUCGUCACCAGAAUCAAAAGGGAUUAAAAGAUACAGUGCAGAGUUUAAUUUAGAAAACGAGGGAUUGACUUCCUUUCUAAAAGGUGAUAAGGCACAGAUCAAAAAAACAGCCGAUACAAAUAUCGGUGAUUCUUUAAAUGAAAAGAUCAAACCCAAAGCGAAGUCCUCUGAACAGCUUAGUAGCAAACCUCCGUUGCCUAAAAAGCCCGCCUUGCAAAACGUAACCGUUCCAAAUACUACUACAAACAAGGAGAAGCAGGACAAAGCUACUCACUCUCCUGAAUCCAGAAAUGAAGACAGAGACUUGGAGAAAAAGUCAAAUCCUUGUAAAGUGCCUGAGAGAAGCGUGCCUUCCCCUGUGGCUGCUGGAGACUCCGGAAGAGAUCCCGACACUCCUGCAGAGCCAGCCUGGAUUUCCAUAGCAAGGCAAAAGCAGAGGGGCAUGCAGCAGGAGCAGGAACUUGACAGAGAAAAACUUGUGGCUCUGGAUGUUAAGUCAGAUACAGAGAAACAGAAUAAAGAGAAGGAACGAACAGAGGGGUCAGUGAAGCAGCAAUGGAGCAAACCUUCACACUUGGCACCUAAAGCCACUUCUGAAGAACAGAGGAAAGAGACAAAGUCUGAAGUGAAGGAGCCGCUGCUGAGAACCAAUUCACUGUCACAUUAUGUCCCUGUAGCUCCAUCACCAGCACUGGUGGAUAAAGAGGAAAUAAGCCACUUGAAGAAAGCCAGUAAUGCUGCUCCGGAUCAGCCAUCGUGGAUGGAACUGGCCAAAAAGAAAUCGCAAGCUUGGAGUGAUAUGCCACAGAUUAUAAAAUAGACGAUGCAAACAAAUAGCAUCUUUCAUAAUUAAGUCAACUACUUAACUGAACUUUUACAGCCCAGCUAAUCACAGUGAAGAAUCUCUUGAUACAGGAGAAGGGUUUUAUUAUACAGCUGUGGAGAAAGUGUGCAAUAGGUGCAGUCAAAAGGUUUACCUUCAACUUUGUAGCAAUCAGGAUUGCAAUGGCAAUGGAUUACUUAAAUUAUGCUAAGGACA